AUGGGCACUCCCCAGAGUCCCUCGUUCCCGCGCCAGCAGCGGAGCGCCGCCGCCCGCGGCAGCGCUCCGCCCCUGGCGGCGUCUGCGCGGUCGGCUCCAGUCCUUCCGCUUUUCCCCUCCUCUGCGGCCGCGAAGGGGUCAGGCGCCGGGAAGCGAGAUCUGCGUGGCUACUUCUCCGUCUUGGGCGGCGUUUUUGUGCACCUCUGCCUCGGCACUGUCUAUACAUGGGGCACGCUGGCUGUCUACGUCAUCAGCUACAUGCGCUUUCUGCAGAUGCAGAGGGCCGGAGUGCUGCCGCCCACCAGCCUGCUGCACGACGGCCAGGCGGGCGCCGCCCCCGAGGCCUCGGCAGCCACCCCCGACCCGUCGAUCGUCGCCUCGGAGUCCCUAGUGCGCCUCAGCGACGCCGCCUGGAUCUUGGCGAGCCAAUUCGCGGGCAUGACCGUCGCCAUGCCUCUGGGUGGAAAGUUGCAGCGGACGUUAGGUCCUUGCCGAACAGUUAUUUUUGGAGGCGCUUUGAUGAGCGCCGCCGUCGGGGUCGCGCCCUUCCUGCUCCAUUCCUACUACUUGUUCGUCUCCGUUUUUGGCGUUGUUCAAGGCCUCGGGCUCGGCCUCGCGUACACGGCUCCGCUCAUCUGCGGACUGACUUGGUUUCCCCAUAAGAAAGGCAUUGUGAGCGGCGUGAUCAGCGCAGGCUUCGGGACUGGAGCGCUUCUCUUCUCUCCGCUGCAGGCGGCGUUCCUGAACCCUCUGAAUAUCCCUCCCUCGCAGGCGCCUUAUCCCUCUCACCCCGCGGAGCUGUACUACGACGGGAAGGACCCCGAGCAGCUCGCGAUUCUUCUGCGAGUCCCGCCCUUACUUAAGCGCCUUUCAUUCUGUUACCUGCUACUGCUUGCGGCUGGCGCGGCUCUGCUGCACCUUCCUGCGCGCGAGCUGCCUGGAGGAUUUCCAUCUUCUGCAGGCGCGGCCGCGGCCGCGAGAGAGCCGGACGGGAUCGCACAGGACAUGGUGCGAGACAUCGAGGAAGGGAAAAUGAGCAUGUCCGUUCCGGAGGCUUUGUGCUCGGGAUCCUUCUGGAGUCUUUGGCUUUUGUUUUUCCUCAACGGGCUCGCCAUCUGCUUCACCGCCACGUUCUGGCGCCUCCUCGCUGUAGACCGGAAAACGCGCAUGUAUAUUCUCUCUGAGACGCAGCUGGCGCUCGUCGGCGCGGGCGCCAGCGCGUGUAACGCCCUGGGGCGCCUCGCUUGGGGCCACGUUGCAGACAGAAAGGGAUUUCAGACUUCGCUGCUCUGCCUUAGCGCGUUGUGGAGUGGUCUGCUCUUCUUCUUGCCCAAUGCGGCGCCACGGGGCGGACUGUUCUACGCCCUCGCGGUCUGCGGAAGUUUCUUCUGCCUCGGCGGCAAUUUUUCAGUCUUCCCCUCUGCGGUCGCUUCGAUUUUCGGGAGGGACGCAGUAGGCCACUUGUACGGCUUCGUCUUCGCUUCACAGCUAGCGUCCUCCUUGGGCUUCGCCUACCUUACCCAGCGUGUGGCGCAGUCGCUUGGCACAGACGGCUUGUGCACUCUCAUGGGCCUCUUUACGGCACUGACUUCUCUCUCCAUUUUCUGUCUCCCCGCUGUCUCGCCUUCUGGCGAGAGGCCCGGAGGCUCGCGCCGCCCCUUUCACUCUCAGCAGAAGACUGCAUGA